AUGGUUGUUGCAACAAGGUUUGCUUUUCAUCGCCAUGAUGAAUCAUUCAAAUUAAGCAAUAGAGGUAAUUAUUUAGAGCUUAUGCAAUUUCUUGCCGAUCAUAAUGAUAAAAUUAGGAAGGUUGUGUUUGAGAAUGCUCCCAAGAAUCUCAAGUAUACUUCUUCCGAUAUUCAAAAAGAUCUUGUAUGUGCUUGUGCUAUUGAAACUAUUGGUGCAAUUACUAAAGAUAUGGAAGGUACAUUUUUUUCUCUUUUAGUUGAUGGAUCACAUGAUUCUUCAACUAAAAAGCAAAUGGCAGUGGUAUUGCGUUAUGUGAACAAGGAAGGAGAAGUAAUUGAAAGGUUUUUGGGUGUGCAACAUGUCUCAUCUACAACUAGUAGCUUGCUUGAAGAGGUCAUUGAGAGAUUAUUUGCUUUAACAAAUUUGAGCAUGUCCAAGUUACAGGGACAAGGCUAUGAUGGAGCUAGUAAUAUGAAAGGAGAACUAAAUGGCCUGAAAGCAAAGAUUUUGAACAAGUAUCCUCAAGCAUUUUAUGUUCAUUGUUUUGCACACCAACUUCAACUAGCUCUUGUAGCCGUUGCAAAGGGAAUUGAGGGUGUCACCAUUUUCUUCAACAAUGCAAGUAUUUUAGUCAGUACUAUCAGAUCAUUGUGUAAGCGUCGUGACGCAUUUAGAUUGAAACAACUAGAACAAAUUAAGAAAGCUCUUGAUAUUGGUGAUCUUAAAACGGGUAGAGGGUUAAAUUAA